AUGAACCAGAUCCUCACGUACCCGGACUGGUCUCAAGAGGCGCUCAAGCCGACACUCAUCAUCAUCACGCGCCGACUGGAGAAGGUCUUCACGAAGAUACUCAAAAAGAGCUUCAUCAGGGUAUGCGCGUCACACCGACUGGGUGGCAAGCCGCCAACCUGCUCAAAGGCGUGUACAACCACGCUCUGCAAGUACCCGUACAUCGCGCACCUGCCGCCGCUGAAGGCGCUCAUCCUCAUCUGUCAGUCGCUGAUCGUGGGCGAGAGCGGGCGGAGGCGCAUUCGCUGGAGCAGGGUGUGUGGUGGAAGUUCCGUCUUCCCCAGCCCCGAAAAGACGGAGAACAUGCUGAUGAAUCUGCUGCUGCCACUCUGUCUCAGGGUUGGUUGCGGACGAACAGACGUUCCCAAGAUGCGGCAGGCGGACAUCAGCUUCGCGCUGACCGUGAUGCUACACGCUCUGCAGCCGCCGGCCUCGACGAAGCUGACGCCGGGCCUGGCAGCCGGCGCCGCCGGCGCCAGCGGCCUCAACAAGACCGAGGCCGGCCAGCACUCGACCAGCGAGGCGCGCACCCACAGCGCCGUACGGCCGUCCAUCUACUCAGUGGCGCUGGGGCUGAAGAUCCUGUUGAUCUGCUUCGAGAAGAACCUGGCCAUGGACUGGCACCGCGUGGCGCGCACUGUGCAGGAGCUGGGGUCACAGGGCUGCGGAGGCCUGGCACUCUGGGACUUCCUGGACUUCGUCGUCACCUACCCCACACCCGUCUUCGUCCUGCUACUGCCCUUCAUCAGACAGCAUCUGGAAUCACCGACAUACGACUUCGCCGACGAGGUCCACUUCAAGCAGCUGAUUCGCGAGAAGCUAGCUGGCAAUCAGGAGGAGAUGCCACGCAUUAAGUCCAAGGGCUCUGUUCUGAUGGAGUUGGCUCACGAAAUGAAGCUGGUGAAGGAAGAGAUCGCCAACUCCAAAACCGGGGACUUCGACCAUCGCAAGUCAGUGGUGGUAGACCUGCACAGCGACUUCCGCUCUCGUCUGUGGACUGGCUCCGUGUCGGAGGGACCCAAAUCUUCCAAGGUCUAG